GACAAUAUUGAGGUUGUUGUUCGUGCUUUUUGUAUUUUGAGGUUCUCUUUCAUCAGAAAAUUGCAGAAAAAUCUUUCCCGUGUGCAGCGUGGCUGUUUUUCAGGCUGAUUGCCGAUAGAAUUAUUCCCUGACCAUGCCGACCAUUGGAAUCAAACGCGACUUACUCUUUGCAUCCCUGGGGCAAACGUACACUGAUGAUGAGUUCCAGACUCUGUGUUUUGCUUUUGGCCUGGAACUGGAUGAAGUGACGAGUGAGAAGCAAAUGCUAACAAAGGAGCAGGGAGAGAAUGUUUCGCUGGAUAAUGCUUCUGAGGAAGUUAUCUACCGGAUAGACAUUCCGGCCAAUCGGUAUGACCUGCUGUGCCUGGAGGGACUUGUGUCGGCUCUUUUGGUGUUCCAGGAUAAGCGCAAGCAACCUCGUUUCCGGAUUGUUGAUCCUGUUUCUGGAGGACCACAGACUCUCACGCUGACACCUUCAACCGGGCUGAUUAGACCCUUUGCUGUGGCUGCUGUUUUGAGGAACAUCACUUUUACAGCAGACUCCUACAAUUCCUUCAUUGAUCUCCAGGACAAGUUACAUCAGAACAUUUGCCGGAAGCGCUCCCUGGUGGCUAUUGGGACUCACGAUCUGGACACUCUCCAAGGUCCUUUUGUCUAUGAUGCAAAGCCUCCUGCGGAAAUAAAAUUCCGUCCCCUGAAUCAGGAAAAGGAGAUGACAGGAGGGGAAUUGAUGGAGUUCUACGCGACUCAUGCCCAGCUGAAGCAGUAUUUGCCGAUUAUCCGGGACUCCCCGGUGUAUCCGGUGAUUUACGAUGCCAAUGGAGUGGUUCUGUCUCUUCCGCCGAUCAUCAACGGCGACCAUUCGAAGAUUUCUCUGAACACGAAGAACGUCUUCAUCGAAUGCACAGCCACGGAUCUGACCAAGGCCAAGGUGGUCCUGGACACGCUCGUGUGCAUGUUCUCGAGCCACUGCCAGGAGCAAUUCACGGUGGAAUAUUGUGAAGUGGUGGGAAGCGAUGGGACGACCGUGAGAUAUCCGGAACUCGCCUACCGAACGGAAAAAAUCUCCGCCAGGAAAGCCAAUGCUUACGUGGGAAUCACCAAGAGUUCUGAUGAAACUGCCCAGCUACUGAACAAGAUGUAUCUCAACACGACUGUAGGCCAGGAUGGGGAUGAACUAGUCGUGGAGAUUCCUCCGACAAGGCAUGAUAUCAUCCACGCUUGCGACAUUUACGAGGAUGUUGCCAUUGCUUACGGCUACAACAACAUCCGGAAGUCCAUGCCGGCCACAACGCACAUCGGACGCCAGUAUCCGCUGAACAAACUCACGGAGCAGCUGAGGGAGCAGGUGGCUCAGGCAGGAUUCACAGAAGCUCUCACAUUCUCUCUGUGCUCCAGGGAUGACAUAUCAACGAAGCUGGGCAAGAAGAUUGAGCUCAUCCCAGCGGUUCACAUCUCCAAUCCAAAGACCCUGGAAUUCCAAGUAGGGCGAACAACUCUGAUUCCCGGACUGCUCAAGACUCUGGCGGCGAACAAGAAGAUGCCUCUGCCGAUGAAACUCUUCGAGAUUUCAGAUGUGAUCCUGGCCGACGAGGAAGCUGAGGUUAAUGCUCGCAAUGAGCGUCGAAUCUGUGCGGUGAACUGCAACAGGAAUGCAGGAUUCGAAGUGGUUCAUGGGCUCCUGGACAGAGUGAUGCAACUGCUGGAAGUUCCCUGGAAGGGAAAUGCCGGCUACUGCCUUGAGGCUACUGAUGAUGCAUCUUUCUUUCCGGGAAGAUGCGCAGCAAUCCUCUACAGAGGCUCCCGGAUUGGAACAAUUGGAGUGCUCCAUCCGGCUGUUCUGCAAGCUUUUGAGCUCACCAAUCCCUGCUCCUUGAUGGAGUUCACCAUUGAGCCUUUCGUCUAGGAAUUUGUGGUCAGAGAAUAAAAGAUUUUGAGCUUCAA